AGUGCACCUCCCACACCCAACAUCACUCCCAGUACUUAGUUUCUGGUCCCCCUCUAGACUCAUUGCCUUCUUUGGAUCAGUUUCAUGUGGAAGUGCUCUCUGAGAGGAGAAACAGUUUGGGCUUUGACUUUUUGGUGCAACUUUUGCAGCAGUUACUUACUCAUCACUUCAACAAGAUGUGUACCGGAAAGUGCUCUCGUUUCAUUGCGGUGACUCUGUACCCGUUAGCAGUCAUAUCCAUCAUCUGUAACAUAGUGCUGUUUUUCCCGGGCGGGGAUGUCAAGUACGCCCAAAAUGGACACAUUACAGAGGAGGUGAAAUACAUGGGGGGCCUCAUUGGAGGGGGUUUAAUGGUAAGUUGAACUACUUAUUGUCGGUGACUGAAGCAUGUGACUUGAAAAUAAGAGCAAUAUGUGUGUUAGUAGAAGGGUUGAGAUUAAACUAUAAAGUAUUUCAUUUACAGUGUAUCUCUAUCUCAACUGAAGUAAAUAUUCAAACUGCUUUUGAGCUAAACCCUGUUAGGAGGGAUCCCAGUAUUGUUUUUCAAGUCUAUAAAUAUUAAAAAGUUUUAAAUUAUCCAGAUAAAACAAAAAUAUUGACAUGUUGUGGUUAAAAUGACCAGAUUUGUACCUGUACUGUGCAGUCAACUUCUCUGUCCUUCUGUAGGUGUUGGUCCCAGCACUUUACAUCCACUUGACUGGAAAACAGGGCUGCUGUGGGAAUCGCUGUGGGGUGAGCCAGGACUAAAAAAUGCAUAUUAAUUUGUGUGUGCGUCUGUUUGGGUGUGUAUCUGAGUUGCUUAAAUAUUUAAGGAUUGUAACUGGUACCAGGACAGGUUAAAUAUUAAAAAAGAUUUAUAUCUGAAUCAUUUAAUCCAAAUUCAAGGUACAAAAAGGAGGUCACCAAUAUUAAUGGAUAACUCAAUUUGUAAAUUAUACUGCAGGGUGUGUCAUCACUGCACCCUUUGUCUCAUACUAUCUGCGGAUAGAUAACCCACACUGCAAUAAACAGCAGAACAUCUCCAUAGGAAAAAAAAAAAAAACUUUUAAAAGUUUUCAACAAUGCUCGGUAAAAUGAUGUGGAUAAAAGAUUAAAUAUCAGUGAGAUAGAAAACAUCAAAAGUUUAUCAAAUCAUGUGAAAUUGAGUGUGGGUACAGUUCUUCUUGCUGUAAAAAAAUGUCUCAGUGUUGGAUUUUGCAGCUGCUUGUUUGUUUAGACAAAACCAAACCAGUACUAGUGCAAAAGUCCACAUGCCACUGAGAGCCUGUUUCCUUUCAGUUCAUAUUUCAAAAAUGUGAGGGGGAGGAUAAGGAUGGGUGAGAGUUGAAUUGGCUGUCUCUAAAAGUACAUCCAAAAUGCGUUUCUAACCUCUGGAUAUCAUUUCUGUCUUGUAGAUGUUCCUAUCUAUUGUACUCGCCGCUGUGGGAGUGGCUGGUGCUCUGUACAGCUUCAUAGUGGCAGUGCUCGGUUUGCAGAAUGGACCUCUGUGCAAAGUUCUUCUGAUCUGGAAUACACCCUUUAAAGGAGGGUGGGUUGCAUGAUAAUGAUGACUUGAUAACCAGAAUCAUUUUAAAGCUUUUCACUCAUGGAUCUUCUCUGUUUCACAGUGACAGGAAUUACCUGACUGACAAAACCUGGUGGGGCAUAUGCACAGAGCCUGAAAACAUUGUGGAUUUUCACAUUGGACUCUUUGCGACUCUGUUGGCCACCAGCUGUCUGGAGCUGAUCCUCUGCGCCAUCCAGAUGAUCAAUGGGCUCUUUGGCUGCCUAUGUGGAACCUGCAACAAGGGGGUUGUCUGAGAUGGAAACAGACUCUUCACUGAUGAAUAGUGCUCUUUCAGAUUCUUUCCCUUGUUUUUUUUUUCCUCUUUAUUUUUUUUUACUCAAAACCAUGUGAGGUCUUAACAGUUGACUGGCGCACCCUGCUGGACAACAGAGUAAUUUUCCGUCCACAUUUGUUUAAACUACCACAUAAAAAUGUUGAAUGUAUUUCUCUACAGAUUUUUUUUUAUACUUUUAUGUGUAUAUCAUGAUGCUUAGCACUUCACUAUAACAUGACACAAAUCUGAAGUAUUUGGAAGAUAUUGAAGAAUUUUGUAAAAAUGGCAUUUUGGAAAUAAGUCUUGUCAGUUAUAUGGAUGAUUUUUUUUUAAAUAAAACUUCUUAAUAUACGUUUCAGUAACACUUUAUUAUUGUGAAUCAUAUGAGUUCCUAAUAAGUGUCAUGUCCUUCACCCAAAUCCUUCACACUUUAUCUCUUCAACAUAAUAGUUUGUCACUUUAACCAAAGAUUAUUUUUCCCUCACAAAGAGUGACUGUGACUGUAAGCUAACUGAAAAAGUGCACCUUUAAAUGUUAGUGCUGUUUAAAGAUUUAUAAGAAGCUAAUAAGGUCUUAUUAGUGGUUCAUUAACAAUAAUCAAUGUUUAUUAAAGGACCUUAAUAUGAAGUUUUACCAUCUGUUAAAAUACACAAAAUACAGGACAGUGGUAAUCAUUUAUGACACUUUUAAUGGAGGUUUUAUCACGGCACUGAGUAGAUGGAUUUGUUAAAAAACUAACAUUACACUGUCAUCAUGGAGUGUUAGUGGUUUGACCAUGAACUUCCGUCUGUGGCUUUAACAUAAUGACAUUUCUUGACCCGCAUCAAAGAAGCAUGUCUAAGAUUUCUUAAUCCUAAUUUAAACCCACUGAAAAACAAAUUGCAAAUAAAAACACAGUGUGCAAAUGGCACAUUUACCAAGGCAGCUGAUUGUUUUGCAUGGAUUUGUACAAUAAUAAAUGUCUCACACCAAAGAAAA